AUUGGCGAAGCACAAUUCAUAAGAAACCAAAAGUGUAAACACGAGUUAAAUUGGCUCCAGUUCAAUUAAAAUCUGAUAUGUUGAAGAAAAAAUCAGAUCUUGUUUCUAAACGCCCGAAAGAAAAGGUCGUAUACAUCUACGAACUUUUACUGAAUGGCGAGAAAAUUGACGAAAAUCCUGGAUUUUGGGAGAACUUCUUUUUGUUGCAACCUAAUUGCGAGUUUUUGGAGCAAAAACUACAAAAAAUGGAGUAUUCAGAGUUAUCUGCUAUAGAGACUAACUUGUUGUUAUUGUUCAAAAACUGUGUAGUGGCUCUCGAUUCCGACAACGUAAAAAGAAUAAAUAACUCAUUAGUGACAAUUAGUAUAUUAGUUCUGGUCAUGUUUAAAAAAAGAAAUACUGAACCAGAUGAUACAUUUUUAAUUGCCUGUGAAAACGAUGUUGAAUAUGGCAUAAGGAAAAUAAUCGAAAAAAUCAAAGUAUUACUAGUGAAUGACAACUACGAUACUACAAGAUAUUAUUGCAUAAAAUUGCUUUUCAUCGUGAUCACCGGCAGAAACAAUUUGAGCCAAAAUAUUCUUCUCGAAUAUGGUAUGGUUGAUAAUUUGUUCGAUCCUCUCAUAAAAAUAUUGAGUGAUCCUUCCUCAAGACAGGAACACGGACAUGAUAUUGUAACAUUGAUUACGCUUCUGAUCAACUAUAGGAAAGAUGAAGGAUCUAAUCCGUAUAUUGUGAAAUUAUCACUUCUCGACGAUGAGUUGGCGUUGAAUGGGUUUGGGCAAAUAAUUGCUACUUCGCUUUUUGAGUUUACAAAACAACAAACAAUCAAUCUGAUGUCUUUACAAACUGGUUCUUGGUUUACUUCCAUUUCAUCGAUGGUUGGACAUAUGUUUCUAUCCGAAGAAGUUGAUGAAACAAUGCAACACAUAAGGCAAAAUAAUGCUUUAUUACUGGGUUUAUAUGAAGCUGUGCAUUUGAACAGAAAUUUCAUCACAAUAUUGGCUACAACUCAAGCAGAAUCAAGCUCGCCGCCUUCUCCAUUUAAUACAUUGAGCAAUCAGGCAAUUAGUGAUAUUGGAUCGGCACCCAUGAUAGAAGUUUCACAUUAUCCAACUAAUCUACUAGUAGCUGUUUUUCAAUACUGUUCUUUGGUUAUGACUCAUCAUAGAAACGAAUCCGGUGCGUUAAAUUUGAAGCUAUGCUUUAUCAUUCUUACGUGUAUUUCGGAGGACCAGUAUGCUAAUUCGAUUAUGCAUGAUUCAAAUUUAACUUUCAAAGUAUACCUGCAUAAAGCUCGUUUGCGUCACAGAAAAUUUACUGUUGAUCGUAUUUCGAAACCACAGCCAUUAGCAGCAACACUAUUAGAUUUGCUCGUGGAGUUUAUUGUUUCACACAUGAUGAAAAAAUUUCCAAUGGAGCUAUACUUAUUCUGUAUCGGCAUUCUGCAUCGCAUGAUAGUUUAUCAAAAACGAUGCCGCAUAAGGUUAAUCUAUCCUUGGAGAGAACUGUGGUCAUCGCUUAUUGGUUUACUUAAAUUCAUCGUGAAUCAAGAACACAAUCUUGUGAAGAAAUUCAAUAUUUUCAGCCUUGUGAUACAGGCCGUGGACAUUUUUAAUUUGUUCAUUACAUUCGGUGAUACCUUUUUGGCAACCACCAGUGAUUACGACGAAUUAUACUAUGAAAUCAACCGAGAGGAGAAAGUCUUCAGUGAGAUACAUGCGAUGGUUUUACGAUAUAGUGCUAUGGAUGAAAGCGAAUAUAAGGAAGAUAUUUUGAAGCUGCUAAAUUCAUUGAUAAACAUACUUGCUAUAAUAAAGCAUUUUCAGGUUAAAAUUAAAGAAUGGCUAUCCGCAGAAGAGCUUUCGACACCUACGGAGGAGCAAAUAUUAUUUCAAAUACAGAAAAAUUAUGACCUCACCCUUAAACUUCAAAGUUCAUUAGACGUUUUUCCGAGAUAUACUGAGAAACCUUAUAAAUUAUUUUUCCAAAUUCUAGUUAAGGAUAUAGUUGUAGAUACCCGUAAGUCCGUGGAAAAUGUAGCGAAAAUAUUUAACAAAAAUCGGAGAAAUAAUGAACAUUACCAAGACAGUUAAUUUACUGACGAUUAUGUUGUAGAUCAUAAUGCAGAUUUGUUUCGCGAAUAAAAACAAGUCUGAUGGGG